GUGCCGCGAUGGAGAGAAAGCAGGGCAAUCAAUCUCUUUGCUAACUUGGGAGUGAAGUUGAUGCGCCACAAGAAAAAGUUGGGAAUGAAGUUGACGUGAAAAGAAAAGAAAAACAACUACUUGGGCGCGAAGUAGUCAAAAAGAUAAAGAAGAAGACGACGACGACGACCAAGAAAUUGAGGAUCAGGAGGACUUAAUUAAGUUGAUAGUAGUCAUUGUUCUUCUUGGACACUGAUUAUCUCUGCUUUCUCCGGGGACUGAUUGCAGAAAUAUUUGGAUUCGAUGGGGAAAACACUUCGUGUGUCUGGAUUCCGUUCUACAGUUUCUGCAGACUCAGUUAAAGAAUUUCUGGAAUUAUAUACGGGCGAAGGAACUGUCGAUGCUCUUAAGAUUCGUUACCCUAAGAAUGGAGGUUCCAGAGUUUAUGCUAUUGUCCAAUUCACCACCACCGAAGAUGCUGAGCUUCUUGCUGACAAUCGCCUGAGGUAUGGGAAUUCAUAUCUGGAGGCUCAAUUCAUGGAUCGUGAUACCAUACCAAAGCCAAGGACCUUUUUGCACAUUAUGGAAAAGAUAAAGCUGAUGUUUGGCUGUCAGAUUUCAAAAGAAAUGUUUGCUGUUCUGUGGGAGCGGUUUAAUGUUAAUGUGAAGUUUGGGAUUGGUAUGAAAAGAUUUCAUUUUUUCAUGUCUUAUCGACAGACUGAGUACAAAUUUGAUCUUUGGUACGAGAACAUUUGGCAGAUUGAGCUACGUCGUCCUCGAGGUCAAAAUGCAAAGUAUCUUCUAAUUCAGCUAUAUGGGGCUCCUCGGAUUUAUGAGAAAGGUGCACGCUCUUCGUGCAAUAUACUUGAAGAUCCUUAUUUCAACUUUUUCAAGGACACCCCAGAUGACCAGUGGGUCAGGGCAGUUGAUUUCACUCCAUCAUGCUGUAUUGGGCAGUCAUCUGCUUUAUGCUUGGAGCUUCCUCAUGGUAUCCAGCUUCCAAAUUUUCAGGAGAACUUUCCAUAUUACACAAGAACUGAAGGAAGUUUUACUCUGUUUGAUGACGGCGGCUUUUCUUCUAGUCUGGAUCUUGUACCCGUUGUAAGUCCUCCUGGUGGCAUUGACUUGCCAUACAAGAUCAUAUUUAUGGUUAAUAGGUUAGUUCAACAUGGGUGCCUUCCCGGGUCAAGACUUGAUACGAGGUUUUAUCGGCUGGUUGAUCCACGCAAAUUUAACAUUGUCUUCAUCGAGCAUGCUCUUGAGAAACUGUUUAACUUGAAAGAAUGUUGCUAUGAACCCUCCAACUGGCUCUCUGUGGAGUAUAAGAAAUACCAUACAUCUAGGAGUCCUCCCAUAUCACCUGCUAUAUCCUUGGAUACUGGUUUGGUAUAUGUACGAAGGGUUCAAAUAACUCCUUGUAAAGUGUAUUUCUGUGGGCCAGAAGUUAAUGUCUCAAAUGGAGUGCUACGCAAUUACCCUGAAGAUGUUGAUAAUUUUCUUCGUGUUUCUUUUGUUGAUGAAGAGCUGGGAAAAAUUCAGUCAACAGAUUUGUCUCCACGUACAUCUUCUGGAAAUGAGGAUAGGAGAACUGGGAUCUACGAAAGGAUACUUUCUACUCUUCAGAAUGGUCUGGUUAUUGGUGAUAAGAAGUUUGAAUUUCUUGCCUUUUCAUCAAGUCAAUUGAAGGAAAAUUCUGUGUGGAUGUUUGCAUCUAGAUUUGGGCUAACUGCUGCAGAUAUAAGAACUUGGAUGGGCGAUUUUCGUCGAAUAAGAAAUGUGGCUAAAUAUGCUGCCAGAUUGGGCCAAUCGUUCAGCUCAUCAACUGAAACUCUUAGUGUUGGUCGGCAUGAAAUUGAAAUUAUUCGUGAUGUAGAGGUUAAAAGGGGUGAUCUCACAUAUGUUUUUUCUGAUGGAAUUGGGAAAAUAUCUUCUGGAUUCGCUAGGGAAGUGGCCAUAAAAUGCGGCCAUAAAGCUUUUGUUCCAUCCGCUUUUCAGAUUCGAUAUGGUGGAUACAAAGGUGUGGUGGCUGUCGAUCCAAAAUCAUCGAAGAAACUUUCGCUGAGAAAGAGCAUGUGUAAAUAUGAAUCAAGAAACACGAAACUGGAUGUUCUGGCAUAUAGCAAGUAUCAAUCCUAUUUUCUGAAUCGUCAAUUGAUCACCCUUCUCUCAACUCUUGGUGUUCCAGAUGCUGUUUUUGAGAGAAAACAAAGAGAAGCUGUAGCUCAACUGGAUGCCAUCUUAACAGAUCCAUCAAAGGCAAUGGAUGCACUGGAGUUGAUGCAUCCAGGAGAGACCACAAACAUUCUUAAGGAAAUGCUUUUAUGUGAUUAUAAGCCUGAUGGUGAGCCAUUCCUUUCAAUGAUGCUUCAAACAUUCCGAGCAUCAAAGCUGUUGAAUUUAAGGAUUAAAACUAAGAUAUAUGUCCAAAAUGGAGGAAAUAUGAUGGGUUGUCUAGAUGAAACCAGAUCCUUGGAAUAUGGGCAGGUGUUUGUACAAAUUUCUGGUGCUAAGCAUUGGCAGUUACACGGUAGUUUUCACGAGUCUGGUGGUAGCAUACAGAAGCAGCAUAUUAUUGUUCUGGAUGAUGUGUUUGUUGCUAAAAAUCCAUGCUUGCAUCCAGGAGAUGUGCGUGUUUUAAAGGCUGUGAAUGUGCCAGCUUUGCACCAUAUGGUGGAUUGUGUUGUUUUUCCACAAAGAGGACCAAGACCUCACCCAAAUGAAUGUUCGGGAAGUGAUUUAGAUGGAGAUUUCUACUUUGUCUGUUGGGAUCCUGAAUUAAUUCCACGUUGGCAAAUUCCUCCCAUGGAUUAUACCCCACAACCUUGCAAGCUUUUGGAUCAUGAUGUUACUAUUGAGGAAGUAGAGGAGUAUUUCACCAACUACAUACUCAAUGACAGCUUAGGAAUUAUUUCAAAUGCUCACAUAGUCUUUGCUGAUAGAGAGCCGUUGAAGGCAAUGAGUGAACCUUGUCUAGAGCUUGCACAAAAGGCUUCAAUUGCAGUUGACUUCGCAAAAACUGGUGUACCAGCAGAAAUUCCUUCUCAUCUACGUGUCAAAGAAUUCCCAGAUUUCAUGGAAAAGCCUGACAAACCCUCCUAUGAAUCACGCAAUGUGAUUGGGAAGCUUUUCCGAGAAGUGAAAGACAUUGCACCGCAUACAAGUUCCAUCAGAUCCUUCACUCGUGAAGUGGCUAGGAAGUCUUAUGACCCUGACAUGGAAGUUGACGGCUUUGAAUAUUACAUUGCUGAUGCUUUUCGCCACAAAAGCAAUUACGACUAUGUGUUGGGAAAUUAUAUGGACUAUUAUGGGAUAAAGACUGAAGCUGAAAUAUUUGGAGGCAGUAUAAUGAACAUGUCAAAAUCUUUCACCAAGAAAAGGGAUGCAGAAGCAAUUCGUAUGGCUGUUAGGUCAUUGAGAAAGAAGGCUCGGUCGUGGUUCAAUGAGAGCAGCAGCGACAUAGAUUCUGAUGCUGACAAUGUAUAUGCAAAAGCCUCAGCUUGGUACUACGUCACCUAUCACCAUACUUAUUGGGGUACCUAUAAUGAGGGAAUGAAUCGAGAUCAUUUUCUCAGCUUCGCAUGGUGUAUUUACGACAAACUGAUCGAGAUCAAGAAGCGAAAGAUCGAGAUCAAGAAGCGAAAACUCGCAAGUAGAAGGCCUUCACGCAUGCCAUAUUAUCCGCAGAAUGACUUCUUGAAUGGCUUUGGAGAUGAGUUUAACCAUGGACUAAGUUUGAGCUGAGGGAAAAAAGGUAAAAUGCUUGGAAUUUAGUUAUUAGACUACUACUACUACUAGAACUUUGUGUGUGUGUGUGUGUGUGUGUUCAUAGCUGCUUUGGAGGACCCAUUUUGCAUCUUCUUGUUAUCGUAAGAAGUUUGUUGCUAUUAAUAUCAGUGAAGAUUUGGUAGAACUAUUC